AAUGCAGGAUCUCUUUGUACAAAACAUUUCUUUAAAAAAUUUUAAACUGAAUUGUUUUCAUGGUUUGGAAGAAUGGAGACCUGUGCUAUUUAUUCCCUAUUUUCUGAUGUUUUUGCUGUCAAUUUUUGGAAACUCUCUUCUUGUGUAUCUAAUAAUAUCGCAGAGGGCUUUGCACUCUCCUAUGUUUGUACUAAUUGGUCUUAUGGCAGUUGUGGACUUGUGUUCACCAAUGCUUUUUGUACCACAUAUGUUGUUUAGUUUUUUAUUUGACUGGAAUGGUAUUUCUCUUGUUGGCUGUUUGAUACAAAUGUUUUGCAUUCAUUAUUCUGGGACAUUCCAGUCUACUCUACUGUUGGCAAUGGCACUGGAUCGUUACUUUGCUAUUUGCAGACCACUUUUUUAUCACAAGUAUAUGGAAAUAUGUAACUUUUUAAAGUUCAUCGGCAUUCCUUUAAUCAGAAAUGGAGUCUUAGUUACCGCAGUGGUUUGUCUUGCGGGAAGACUAUCUUACUGUGCAAACAAUGUGAUAGACCAUUGUUUUUGUGAACAUAUGGCAUUGGUUCAGUUGGCAUGUGAAGAUAUCUCUAUUAAUAACAUGGUAGGACUUUUGACGGCUUUCCUCAUACCAGCCUUAGAUUUUGUUUUUAUUGCUUUAUCUUAUAUAAUAAUAUUCAUCACUGUUCUAAAAUCUGGUAAGGCCCACUUGAAGGCUCUUAAUACGUGUAUUACUCAUAUAAUUGUUAUCACUUUUACACUAUUUUUUGUCCUAGUUUCUUUUAUGUUAUAUAGAGUAAGAAAUGAUUUCUCUCCAAGCAGCCGUGUAUUUUUGAGCACAAUGUAUUUACUUUUUCCAAGCUGUUUUAACCCAAUAAUAUAUGGACUGAGAACAAAAGAAAUAAGGCAACAGUUUCUGAAAUUAAUAAAAUACAUAAAUAUAUAAAAUACAUGCAUCACUGUGGUUGGAAUGCAGGUAUGAACAUUUUCAAAAAAUAUUCCAAUGACUGUGUCACUUGUAUAGAUUGCGUGAAUGACAAUUAUGCUAACGCAGUGUCACCAGAAGUAAAUAAGUAUUUCUUAAUACACUAUAACACAACAAAACACAUUUAAAACAUUGUUACUAUAACAACUGUUAAAUAUUUGUGAGAUGUACAGCAAUCUUUGCAUUACAUGUCUUAUUGUGCAAUUCUCUUUAUUUUGCUCAGAUCCGAUUUUCCUGCCUUAAAAGUUUGCAUUUGUAAAUUAUGCAUAUCUUAUCUACCAGCAAAUUAACAGCACAAGCAUUUAUCUGAAAGAUUUGCUGUGGAGGUCAGCCAACAGUUCAUCACCUGAUUUGUGCAAGCUGUAAGUGCCUGUUACUGAAUUAAACUGAGAAAUAUUUGGACAUGGGAGUAGAGCUAGCAGUGAUCUGCGUAUGCACAGUGUGAUGUAAAGAAAAGACAUGAAUUCUGAUUUAAGCCUUCAUAUUACACUUGAAUGUCCACAUUUAUGAAAUAUGUGUUUUUUUUUGGUUUUUUUUUGCCUUAAUAAAGCUCUGAAAAGCUCACGUGUGUCAUGUUUAGGGGAAACAUCUAAUACCUCAAGUAACUAAUUACAAUCUAUUUUUCCUUCUUGUAAAAAAGAAAAGGUUAUUGGAAUGUUGACUUGAAAUUAACUCAUAGCACGUAAUAAUAUUUAUGGAGCAUGUAGCACACACAUUUAACAUGUUUAACAUAUUUGCAAGUUAUGUAUUAAUUUACCAAUUCUAUUCAGCUAUUUAAUUAUUGCACAAAUUAUGUAUUUUAUAAAUAAACUUUAUAUUAUACAUUCUAAAACAGUUAAAUCAGUACUACUACUAAUGCUACUACUACUAAUAUUGUACUUUUUUACAAUAUUAUUGGUUUCUGUAGGUGUGACGCCACUGUGUUAAUGCUUUGUCUUAUAACCAAAAAAUAGCUCACACCUUUAUAAAAUAACAUGGGGACAGAUUUUUAAGAUGUACAUGCUUUUUUUAAAUGAAAGGUAUGAAUGCAGUCCCUUUUUAUGCCUCUGCCACUAGGUGCUUCAGUUUGAGAUUCUAGUUAGUGCAUUAUUUCAAGAACAAGUGGUUCAAUUUUGUAGGGUUUAUAUGGAAUUAUCAUUGUAACCAGCAGAUGAACUGAUUAAAUUUUGGAAUUGAUCCCAACAGGAUCAAGGUCACAGCAAUGUCAAAUGUCUGAAAUUGUUACGGGUCUUGGCGCUAGGAUGUAUAUAACGUCAUGCAGGGCCCGCUUGCCUAAGAGGACAGUAUAUGGUGUGGAGUGGAACCAAGUGCGGAGACAGAUCGCAAAACGGCUCCACCUGGAAUGCGAACGCCUCGAGCGGGGCACGAAGCAGGUAGGUUGUGUGUGCCGAGCCGUGGCGCUAGCCGCUGACCUAACUACGGGGAUAGUAAGGUUGAGUGUCGUAGUGCUUGUGUGAUAUUGUGAAGGGCACAGGCUUGGGAAACUCAGAGCCUAUGGCUCAACACAAAAGCACUGCAGCGUGGCAGGAAAAUAACACGAAACGGCCCUGUCGUUUGGCCGAACUUGAAAGAACUAAAUCUUUCCUUAAUAUUAAAUAUAUCCAGCCCUGAAUAUUUUUAGAAAAACCUCAGUAUUCACUUUUCUGGACAUAAACCUCAAUAUUAACUAAACAGAGCAGCAUGACGCCAUUCUGCUGGGCACAGUACUAUGUCCGCACGUGGAGCGUUAUCUGUUGUUUCUCUUAAUGCUUGGGGGUUACGUAACGAGGUUAAGCGCAAAGCUUUAUUUCUCUUUGUUGAACAGUUUCGGUCAGACUUUUUCUUUGUACAAGAGUCUCAUUCUGUGUUGUUAAUUUUUGGAGGUCUCAAUGGGGCAAUUCCAUAUGGCUCUCUCAUGGCACUGAACGCUACAUUAAAGAACAGGUUUACUGGAGAUGUUGUAUUUACUGAAUGUGAUCCACAAGGACACUUUAUAUGCCAAGGAAUAAAAUAUAAUAAUAUAGAAUUCAUCAUAAAUAUUUAUGGAUACAACAAUAAAAUGGAAAAUGACAGCCUAUUUGUUUCUAUAAAGAAUAUAUUGGUUAAAUAUUUAGACAGAUUUCCAAACGCCAUUUUAUUGCUAGGAGGGGACUUUAAUAGUAUUCUAGAUGGCAAUAUGGAUAAAUGGCCUGCUGGUCAGCCAAAUAGAAAUAGUACUAACUUAGAUAUCUGGAGAGUAAAAAAAGAGUAAAAAAUCCUAACAAUAAAUCUUUUACUUGGACCAAUAAAACAGGCUCACGCAAUCAAGAACUGACUUUUGGUUAAUUUCAGAGAAUUUUAACAAAGAUCUUAUUGAUGUGGAAAUAUGUCCCACGCCUCUUACGGACCAUACGGCUAUAUAUAUUAAGGUGAAGUUAUCCAACUACCGAAACAGUGCUGUCCAGUCAAGUUAUUGGAAACUUAAUAACUCUUUAUUAACAUAUGAUGAGAUUAAAAAGGGGUCACAAGUUUAAUUUAAUAUUACUGGUCCAAAGCUAAAGAAGAGAAACAAUUUGGAAUCCGCUGGGAACUCUUCAAACAUGAAGUGGGGAAAUUUUUAAGACAAUUUGGCAGAGGUAAAGCUAAAUCUAAAAGAGCUGAAGAGGAAAAUAUAGUUUCGAAGAUCACCUACCUUUCUCAUAAGUCAGUAUAAACUGUUAGAGAAAGAAAAACAGGAAUUAACUGACUUACAAAUUAAACUAGAUGAAUUGCACAGUCAGAAAGCUAGAGGUGCAUUUAUCAGGUCUAGAGCUAAAUGGAUGGGGGAGCAACAUUCUCACUAUUUCUUCAAUUUAUAAAAACAUCAUUCCAGCACCAAUAGUAUUAAUAAAUUAAUAAUUAAUGGGGUAGUCACAGAGGACUUAACAAUUGUAUCUAAUUAUUGCAGUGACUUCCACAAGAAUUUAUACAGCUCUAAAUUUUGCCAAGAAUCAUCUGAGAUGUUUUUGCACUCUGUCAUUUAAACCUAUUGAUAACAAUGAAAGGGAAUUAUGUGAUAAACCCAUCUUGGUUGAGGAGAUUAGGAAAGCAGUUAAUCUUAUAAAAAAUAAUAAGUCACCAGUUACUGAUGGGCUAACUUCAGAAAUGUACAUGUCAUUUGCUGUUGAACUGGCUCCCUUUUUAUAUGAAGUCUUCAAAGAAAAUAUUGAACAAGAAUAUCUCCCAACCACUAUGACUCAAGUUGUAACUACAUUAAUCCCUAAACCCAACAAAGACAAAUUAUUAAUUGACAAUUAGCAUCCAAUUUGUCUAUUAAACAUUGAUUACAAAAUAUUUGCCUUAUUGUUAGCCAGAAGGCUUAAGAUGGUGCUGGACUCUAUUAUUGAUGAUACACAGUCAGGUUUCUUAGCAAAAAGAUAUAUAACAAAUAAUAUCAGACUAGUUCUAGACAUCUUGGAUUACUUAGACCUGAUAGAUGAUAAUGGUUUUAUACUGUUCUUAGACUUCUAUGAGGCUUUCGAUACCGUGGAACAUCAGUUUAUUUUUCAAUCUUUGAAGAAAUUUGGGUUUGGUGAUCUUUUCUGUAUGGCUAUUAAAACACUUUAUAUGAAUGGCAAUAGCUCUAUUAAGUUAAAGGGUGGUACAUCCCCCAGGUUUAGUCUGUCCAGAGGUAUUAGGCAGGGUUGGCCCAUUUCCCCUUAUCUAUUCCUCUUAGUGGCUCAGAUUUUGGCCAACCAUAUUACAUCUAGUCCAAUAAAAGGUAUAUCUCUUCUCAACAGAGAAUUAGUCAUAACUCAGCUCUUUUCUUGCAAAAUGAAAACCAAUUUCCGGUUCUCAUUAAAGUUAUAAAUGAAUUCUCAAAGGCAUUUUGACAUAUUUAGGGAUUUUAAGUGACAUAUUUAGGGAUUUUAAUUAUGAAGGACCAACAAAAAAGAACCUCUUCAAAUUUGAAUCCUUUCAUACAAAAGACUCAAAAAAACUUAAACAAUGGCUUUUGAGAGAGCUCUCAUUAAGAGGUUUUACAUAACAAAAGAUAACAAAAUGCUAAAAGAGAUUGAGAAAAUGCUAAUCAAUUUCAUAUGGGAAAAUAGGACGCACUACUUAAAAAAGUCAACUGCCAUAAGUCCUUAUGAAAAUGGUGGACUUAACUUUUUGGAUUUUUAUACGUUGAAUAACACGUUUAAGAUAAAAUGGCUUAAGCAUUGCUGCAGAAAUCCUUUCUCCAUCUGGAAUGCUAUACCCCUUCAUUUUUUAUCUAAACUUAAAUUUUUUCCUUGUUUGUAAGUAUGAUAGGUCCCUCUUUAUAGAGCACUGGUUUCGAAAUGAUAUUAUAUUUGUGAAUCAGUUAUUUAAUUGGUUUGGUCUUCUUUUUACUUAUGAAGAAUUCUUAUCACAAUACCAUAUCCCUGUUACACCAGGUGAAUUUGGCAAAGUUUUUGGCGCAAUACCCUCUGGAGUUCAGAUGUUAUUUAAGUCUCAGCUAGGGGGUAGUCACCUGCAAUUGCCCUUGCAAUUGCCCGUUAUUUCCACUUGAGACUUCAAUAAGUAAAAUAUGCUUUUGUAAUAGUUCUAGUAACAGCAAUACAUCUAUAAGAGCAUUAUUUCAUAAGGAUGUAAUUACCUUACCAUCUGUUAUGUCAUACUGGAAUCAAUUUGAAAGUAAUCUAGAUUGGAAGAAAGUCUGGCUUUUACCUAAUACGUACUUAAUAACAAAUAAAGUUAAAGACAUCUCCUUUAAACUCAUUCAUAAAUUCUACCAGACUGAAAUGUAUAUAAAAGAAAAAUUCAAGAAGGAUAUUGAUAUACAGUCUUCUUUUUGCUCUGAAAGACCUGAAACUACUGCACAUUUAUUUUGUCAUUGCCCAUUUGUAAAGAUAUUCUGGGAAGAUUUGUGUAAUUUCAUUUUUGAUAAUAUUAACGAAAACUUUGUUUUAUUAUGGAGGUAUGUAUUGUUUGGUCUUCCAGAAGAUAACCUAAAUAAGAAAAACAGAACUGAAUGUAAAGUUUUUAUAUAUUUGAUUAAUUUAAUUAUUAUAAUGGCAAAAUUUCAUAUGCAUAAAAGUAAAUUUAAAGGCAAGAAACCAUGUUUUGUUAUCUUUAGCAAAGAAUUUAAACAAUACAUACACUCAAUUCAGCAUUCUUCAAAACAAAAAGCAAUGAAAAUAGUAAAUGUGUGUACUACUUUAAAUAUUUUUGUACAGUAAUGAUUUGUAUUCCCCCAGCAUAUCUGUUUUUGUUAUUCUUGUACUCUUUUGUAUUUACACUCUGUAUUUUGAAUAUUAUCUAAUAAAAAAAAAAAAAAAUGUCUGCAUGCGGAGUGAGGCAGUCGGAGGGCUUAUGAAGAGGCGCGGCCAGGUGCUGCAUGUUUACGCUGAUUACCCGCAUGAGAGCACCACAUUAUAGAAGCCUGUGCAGGUGGCCGCGGAUUUGCCACCUGUACAGGCUUAGCCGUUGGAGUCAAGUUCUACUUCUUGUAUUUAUAAACAGUACUUAAAGAAAAAAAAUUGUUCUGAUGGUUGCAUAGCAUUUGCCACUGCAAUUAGAAUGACCCCAAAACAACUUCACAUGUCAUAAAGUUGAUGUGUACCUGCAAAUUAAGGUGUGAAAUUUUGUAAGAGAGUUCAUGAAAAAAAAAAUAGUGUUAAAUUCAGUCCACUUUUAAAAUGUAUUAUUUAUUUAAUAUUAUUUAUUUAAAAGCAUUUAGUUCCUAUUAUUUUACGUUUAUGUAUUGUAUCAUAGGAUUAAGGAAAGUUUGCAACUUAUUCAUAGAUGAGCAGAAAUGGCAAUAAAUACGUAAAUACAUUACAUUACACUCUUGGUGUGGCUUUGUAUAUAUUGUGCCUCCAUUUGCGAAUUAUGUAGUUUUUGAUAUAGCAACAUCUUUUAUAGCAACAUCCUUUAUAACUAACUUAUUACUAGGUAACUAACUACCUAAAUGAGCUCAGAUCUACUGGGAUCACAAGGGUAUAUUACCAUGCUGGUUAACAUAGUUCAUUUCUCUAAAGCAUGCCUGGCUAAUACUUCUAUCCAAGCUACCUAUGGCAGUGGAAACUGCUGAGGUGAUCUUUAAUGAAAUUUUCCACC